AAUCUUCACAUGUUGACAGAUUCAUGUUCACAGAUGAUAGUGAACAUCUCAAUGUUAAAUUGUUGAUUAAGAACUUGAAGAACGCGAUAAUGAAGAAAUUGCUCAUGUCAUGUAUGACCGGGUCUUCCGCGUCUCUCUCUGCCUCUUCUGUCAUUUCUCUCAAAUCUUCUACACUUGUCCCUGCCUCUGAUUCUCCCGCUCCUGCUAUCCCUGCUCUCACUACUCUCACUCCUGCUACUUCUGCUUCUGCUACUUCUGCUUUCUCUGCCUCUGUCACUUCUGCUGUUGUUAUCAGCUCUCCUUGUUUCAAAAAGAUAUUGUAUAGACUUGAUAAAUCACAUUUCUCAGU